UCCAUCCCCUCCUCUCUCCUUCCUCCUCUCUCAUUCUAGUCCCUCAUCCCUCCCUCCCCGCUUCACAAAUGCAGGAGUCGAGCCCCCUCGCCCUCAUCCUCCUCCCACUCUUCCUGCUUCUCUCCCGGCCCCCCACCCCUCUCGCCCAGUUCCCCCGUCCCUGUGCCUCGCUCUCCGCCCUGAACUCGCGUGUCUGCUGUCCCCACUGGCCAGGGGAUGGGUCUCCCUGCGGGGAGCGCAGCGGCCGGGGGUCCUGCAUGCUCCUCCGCCCCCCUCCUCCUUCCACACCCCCCUCCGCGCUCCCCUCGCCCUGGGAUUUCCGGCUGGCCUGGCCCAGCGCUUUCUUUGCCCACGUCUGUGCAUGCCGCCCGCAUUUCUCGGGAUUCGAUUGCGGAAGGUGCGCGGGAGGCUGGCGGGGUCCCUUCUGCGAGCGCUGGGCGGUCCGGGUGAGGAAGGGGGUCCAUCAGCUCAGCCGGCAGCAGUGGCGGGCCCUCCUCUGGAUGCUGAAAAAGGCGAAGGGCACCGUCAGCGGCCGAUACGUCAUGCUGGCCACCCCAUCUGCCGACCGCUCCCCUCCACUUGCUUCCUCGUCCCAUUUCUCAUUCACCCUAUUCCCCUUCUCCCCUUCCUCCCCGUCUGACCCUUCGCUGCCAGGGGGUCUGGCCUUCCGAGACGCCACAGUCUACGACCUUAUCACCUGGAUGCAUUACCUGGCCACCAAGCCCCUGGGUGGGAAAGCUGGUGGGGGUGUGAGGGAGGGGGCGAUCUCUGGCGCCAACUUUGCCCACGGGGGUCCGGCCUUCACCCCCUGGCACCGGCGCUACCUGGCGUUCCUCGAGGAGGAGCUCAGGCUGCUGUCGGGGGACGAAGAGUUCAGCCUGCCUUACUGGAACUGGACCCGGACCUCGGGUUGUGAUGUCUGUCGGGGCAGCCAAAUGGGGCGCAGUGACGACAGCGGCAAGAUACGGGCGCCCGCCCUCCUCGCCGGCUGGAAGACGGUGUGCACCUACGACGGAGACACAGAGGCAUCCAUGGACAGCAUCUGCCUCCAGCCCACUCGACAGACCCAUCUGCUAAGGCGCCGGCCAGGGGCUAACCCGCGAGCCCCGCGUCUGCCCACCGCCCGCGAUGUGUCCAACGCCCUGAGUCUACAGAACUACGAUGGCUAUCCCUACAACCAGUUCGCCAUCUCCAGCUUCCGCAACGUGCUGGAAGGAUACCAGAAACCCAGCCGUUCUGGGUCCAGGGGUCGCACUUUGCACAACCUAGUUCACAUCUAUCUCAACGGCACGAUCUCCAAGGUGGCCGCGGCCUCAAACGACCCCAUCUUCCUUCUCCACCAUGCCUUCAUCGACAAGAUCUGGGAAGAUUGGCUACGGGCACACCCCGAUCGCUUCCACAUGUACCCGCUGCAUAGCCUGGUGCCCGAGGGCCACCGAUGGGAUUCCUAUAUGGUCCCAUACUUACCGCCCGUCCGGAACAUCGACUACUACAAACCCUCUGUGCACCUCGGUUACACCUACGCCAACUCGGCCUACGAGGAGCAGGACGCGGCCGCCAAGCCGCCGGUUCUCUAA